AUGAACUUCAAAUCGUUAUCGCUGUUGCUAUGCACUCUCUGCUUAGCGCUGGCAGACUCCUACAUCCUCAUUUUUGAACAAGGUCAAGUGACUCCAAAUGAAUAUGUCCAAUCAGUGAGAGAGAACAUCAUCAAACUCGGUGGCACUAUCAAGUACGACUACACGACGUUGUUAACUGGCUUUGCGUUUUCCGUGCCCGAUGAUGUGACGUUGAACUCUGUGAAGGAGCUAAGUGAUGAGAAAUACCCGUUCUUCAUCGAGAAGGACUCAGAAGUUCAUAACUACGCCUAG